UAUAUAGAUAGUUUAUCGUGAGUUGCUAUUUGCAAUUGUCUUUCAUAGAUUGUACAGUUCGUUGUGUUUAUCAAAUAAUGUAUAUAUUUUCUUACCAAUUUAUAAUCGUUAUAUUGUUGAUAGUCUUUAUGGUCUGAUAUAUGUGGAUAUAUUCGGUGAGCAAUUACAUCCAUGAACGAUGGAGGCCGCUCGAGCUUCUCAGGGAUGCGCUCGGAGCGCAUCGGACAAAUCUUGCACGGUCCAUGUAUCUGGUUACCCUAAAUACACACAACCACAAGACCUAACUCGUACAUUCUUGCACUUCGGUAAUGCGAAAGUGGAUAAAAUGAAUCAAAAGUUCGCAACACUAACAUUCUCGAAUUCUCUAGAAGCAAAAAGUGCAGUGCUAGAUUCAAAUAAAGUGGCCGUUUAUGGAUCGUUCCUCACCGUUCAACCUUACAGUCCUCAGCAAGCUGCUGAGGCUCCAAGACAACAAAACAAUAAUAAGAGAGACUUUAGUCGAAGUAAACAGAAAGGAGUAAUAAUUAGCCCAAGGGACAUAGAUCUGUCCGGAGACUUUGUACAGCAAAUUGACAAUAUCCUACUAGCGAUCCGGCUAACCCAAGAGGAAGUUUUCAAAAUUGGUACACUUUAUUCAAACCUCGAGCAAGCUUUACAGGAGCUGUGGCCAGGCUCCACAGCAAUACCAUUUGGUUCUAUACCAACAGGGCUGGGCAUCAAAACUAGCGACGCCGAUUGUUUUGUGAAGGUUCCACCACAGUACCGUCGCCCAAAUGCCAAUUUUGUGAACAAAACUGCUCGUUUACUUCGCCAAUAUCCACGUAUCUUCGCCGAAAUUCUUCCCAUACCACGCGCUAACACUCCUAUAGUUAAAUUUUUCCACAUACCUACUGCGACCAACUGUGAUGUCACAUUCAAAACAGAACUAGGUGCUAGAAACAGUAGCCUGAUCCAUUUCCUCCUUCGCGCCGACCCUCGGCUGAUUCCAAUGGCAGUCCUCAUCAAGUACUGGGCUAAAGUUCACGAGAUGUCCGGAAGCGGGAGACUCACGAACUACGCCCUUACAAUGCUCAUUAUCUUCUACCUCCAACAGCCACCUAAUCCCAUCCUCCCCCCCAUUCGAUGGCUCCAGCAAGACCCCAACGACGACUAUAUAGUCGAUCAUUGGAACACAGGGUUCAUGAACCGUCUCGAAUCGCUCCCGCCAACUAGAAACAGGUCCACAAUAUCAGAAUUAAUUGGGGGAUUUUUUGAGUACUACUCUGUUUUUGAUUUCGAGAAAAUGAUUGUUUGCCCAUAUUUAGGGUAUCCCAUACAAAAAGAUCUAUUCAAAGAUCUGGAUACGUUACCAGAAGGCUUUGAAAGGUACAAGGAAAACAUCAGAAAUCUAAAUACAGCGGCGAUGCGAUUCACGACAUCAUGGUGCGCUCAAGAUCCUUUUGAACAAUGCCAUAAUAUUGCCUCGCCUGUGUCCAGUCGCCUUGCGAGCAACAUUAAAAUAUACCUCAAGUUUGCGGCAGAAGCCUACCAAAGAGAAAAGUCCAAUAAAUGUGAAAUGUUUCUCAAAUCAAUUCUCCUCGAUAAACCCAAAAUCGCCAAAGAAAAGGGUCAUCCAGAAUUUAGAUCCAAUUUGUUCCCUAAAUUCAUAAGUAGCAUUGUCGAUCCAGAUUGGAAGUCUGUAGUUCGCAGUAUCAUUUUCAUAAUAUUUGAGACAAUGUUGAAAAUUAAACUUGGCAAAGUAGAAGAGAAAGUAAAUCCAGACUCGAAGAAAGAAAAAGAAAAAUACAUGGGGACUGUGACAAAACCAAUAUGGAAAAGAAAGGCCGCUUCUAAGUCGCAUGGCCUGAUGCAUCUAGAUUUGCAACAGAAACAGGCAAAAAUAACAGAGGAAGUGAUGAACUUUGAGAAAGAACAAAUCAAUAUACAGUUUCAAUUGAUAUUAACUUACUCCCAUGAUCCAAAGCGGGCUGUGGUUGCGAUAAAACUUAACAACGGGGACAUAGCGGCCUUCAAGGAAUUUGGAAAGUUCUUCAUCUCCAUUUUACAGAGUUGGUUCAUGCAACUGCUAACACCUUACGCAAAGAGUUCGACAAACGACACAGCGUCGAAGAUAGCGGAGACUAUUAAGUUUCUAGACAGCAAUCAUGAGAGUAACAACGUGGACCGCGAUGACGAUACGCUCAGUGAGUGAACUGAACAUGUGUCAUUUCUCGAAACAAACCCGACGCUUUACUGGACACGGCGACUUUUGAACAUACCACACAAUCAGUACGUGGACGAUUCUCCCCGCCAAGGCGCCUGUAAAGAUACUAUCAUAGUUUAUAACGGAUAAAUCUAUUAUUAAGCCUUCGUCUUCUUUUAUUAUUCCGUUUUAUAGAAUCUUCAUUUUGACUUGAAUUUUUUUUUCUUUUUUUUACCUAUUCAUUUUAAUCCAAGAUUUUAAUAUUUCAUCUAACUACUGCAAAACAAAAUUAUUUCUUAUUUACAUACCUUACGCAUGUUAUUAGAUUAACUACUGUGUUGAUAUAAUGUAAUAUGUAAAUUAAUGUGAAAAACAAUUGAAUAAGACAGAAUUAUUAGAUUAUAUUAUAUUAUAUGUACAAAGAUAAAAAUAGGCUUUUCAUUAAAAAUAAAAAUUUCAUCCGUCAGUAGGCUGAUGUAUGAUAAUUCCGCCUACACUACCUUAAUACACUGAUAUAUAAUACAUGAUAGGUGAGAAAGCAAGUCAAUUAACCCAUCGUGACUAAUUCAAUGGUUUCCAAUGGGAAUCGCAAGGAGGUCGGCAUGUAGCUAGGGCCUGUUACACUUAGUGGCGGACUAACGGGUUGGCGGAAAGAGCGGCCUGCUCUAGGUGUCUGGCCCUAGUGGCCUCCAAACGCCUCCUUUUUCCUUAUUCAUAUCCUAUGUAUGUUUGUUUAAUUUAAAUUUCACUUUCAAAAUUUAUGUGGUUAUCUUUUAACAUUUUUUAACUGUUUACUUUUUUUUUUUACCUUACCUGAAAUUAAUUUGAUAAUGAGAAAAACGCAUACGUAACUAAUAUUUUAACCUGUUUUUGUUUCAAAUCUAAAAUGAUGCUGUCAUCUGAAAAAACGGGACUAUAUGGUUGCAUUAAAUCUUAAGAAUGUAACAUCGAAGUAAAUAACUAAAUAAACAUAAACAAAUACAAAUGUGAACUGGACAAAAAGCUUGUUAAAUUACAUGAACUUCCUAAAUUUCAUUCAACUCGCUACGUCGAGCUUCUGGCGGGUUUAGACCGCCAUUGAUUAGACCCCAAUAAUGUUUCAACAUUUAGUAUAAACUACUACAAACUUUGUCGUUUUUAAAAUGCUUCAUUCGGACAAAAUUUCUACCCUAACAUGUUCUAUAGCAUGAGUAAAUUACCUCUUAUUAAAACGACAAACCUUAAACCUAUUUUAGCUAUUGAACUAUUUUGUCUCUUUCGAGUUAAAUUCUCCAUUUAAAAGUGACAAAACAAUGAAAUAGUUAAAAUAUAUUUGUAGAAGGUUUAUUUUUAUGAAUAAAAGACUUAAUUUUACAUCUAGACACUAUCAAUAGCAUAAUAUAGGUGCCCCUAAAUUCAACGUCCAACGGAAAGUAAGUGAUAAUGGUUUAUACAUGCAGUCCUCAGGAAUGGCAACGCAUGGGGGGUAUCAUGGGCGAAACGGUAUGCUCCGUUAUGUCCAUGGUACUGCUCAUGUCUAUAGGCGACGGUUACCACUUUCCAUCAGGUGGGCCGUCAGCUUGUUUACCAUUCUGAAUUGUAUUAAAAAAAUACAAAUAUUUUACUGAAAACAAAAACAUUAGACACUGAACUAAAUCAUUAAGUACUACAACGACAAAUGGGUGAGUUUUGUUAAUGUGUUUUUAUGCCAGUCCACAAGAUUAUUUUAAGGGAGUACUGUGAAACUAUUUACAUUUUUUUCUUACACCAGAGGAAACGGCCAUUUAAGAUUUAUGGAAAGACACUAUUCAUCUCGCUCUUACACAAGCAGCGUCAUGCUUUGUCUCGCUUACACACAUGCGUUUUGACUUUAGUGAUUUAGGCUAUUAAAAUACAACAAAGCUACUUUUGUUGUGAAACCACAUUUAAUAUAAAGUUAUCUUGUUUAAUUUUUUUUCAGUUACUAUAAAAUGUGGGAAGUAUAAUACCAUUUCGGAAUUAUGAAUAGUAGCGCCAAAUUUUGAAUUACUUGGCACUAUGGCUACAGUAAAUUUUUUUUACAGUAUGAUUGGCAAAGGUUUUUCUUUCGUAAUUCUAAGAAUAAAUAAAACAAUUUUUUUAUGUCAUUGUUACAUCUCUAGUUUAAAUUGUACUUGUGGUUCAUAGCACAGUUAAUUAUGCUACUGAUAAAAAGAAACAUUACCAAAACUAGCCCAUUUGUCGUUAUAGUACUUAAAUAUUGUUUGUGUUAUAUCUUUUACUGACAACACAAGCAAUAUUUAAUGAUCUUAAAAAAAAUAUUUAUUUAAACUUUAAUGCACAGGAAAAUUCUAUAUACAUUUGGCGGACUUAACAUGGCUGAUAAAACAAUUCUUUGAUCCAUUUUAUGUUAUGACAAGUUUAACAAAUCUAAGUUUUAAUUUCCACUCAAAUAGCAAAUGCAAUCUGCAAAUCGCUACAAUUUCUUUCGCUUUUACUGAAUCAUAAUAAGUUGAAAUCAAACAUCUACACUUAAUCUUUCUUAAUGCCUGUUUUGGUACUUUUAUUUUAUCGUACUUAUACACUGCUGUGUUGUACGAUUUACAAAUAUUAAAACUGUCAAAAAAAUUACCUAAACUUCACUAAGUGUUCUGUUCCAGGCAAGUUAAACGUAAUUAAUUAUUAAUCUUGUCCACUCUAGAAUAUUUUAUUUAUUUACAUUAUAUUUUUAUUUUUAGGACUAUGCCCAGAAAACAUGACCGAAUUGGACCGAGAGUGGAGAUUAUUAAGAAACAUGACAUUUCAUUUCACAGAAAAAAAUGUGGAUCCUACACCUGAAGAAUUCUGGAAGCAUGUUUCAUCCAUUAAAAAAGAAGACCAGUCUCCAAUGUUUCCCCUGUUAUGCGAAUUCAUGAGAAAAUUACUCGCACUUCCACAUAGUAGCGCCAACGUUGAGAGAUCGUUUUCUGCAAUUAAUAAUACGAAAACCUUUCAGAAAAAUAGAAUUUCCACGGAGACUCUAGAAGAAUUGUUGCGUUCUAAAAGAUUCAUAACAAACAACGGGCAGUCUAGCGCAAAACAUUUACAAUUUUUCAAUAAAAAUAUGUUUAAUUUCCAAAAAUAAACAUUUUAAGACCA